AUUGACUCUUGAAAUUCGAAACCUCCGUGCUCGGCGCCUAGCAGGAGAAAUUCCGCAAUCGCAAGUUUUCGAGGUGAUCAAAUAUUUCAGCUUUGUUGAUAAUCCCCAGCGGCGCACAUCCAACAAGUCUUUGAAGGAAACAACCCUUCGGUUUGUAGGUGAACAUUACAUCGUCCUGCUACUUUUGUCCGAUGAGCGGCGCAGCAGAAAUUCUUGACACAUUCGGUUCACACCAUGAAAUCCGGUGAAAACUCGCGCCUACAUAGAUGACUUUACAGAUGAAAAAUCUGUACACUCUCUGGUCUUUUUUAUUUUGAUUUGAACUCACUAUAGAUAGCAGAUUCAUAAGCUUGUACUCUGAUUUCUUCUAUGCUGCAGGACUGACGAAUGGGAUGAAACUAUGUCAUCCUUGUUGAGUGUUGUAAUCAGCGCAUAUUCAGCGAAUUUCUAGAGAGUUUUGUUUUGCUGUGGACCAAAUAUCAGGGAUUACCUAGAAAAGUACAACGUGCUUGGCGAUCGCCUAAAAAGUGGACAUUCUCGUAACGCUCCCACAUACAAAGCCAUUUGGCUUUCAGCAUUUUGCUUCUUGUCCUCGUUCCAUGGUAUGGCGGGUAGUGUGGCGGCUUACAAAGGGAUGUUUCAGUGGAACGUUAAAGCCAAUGCGUCCAGGAGAAUUUUUUUUACACUUUCUUUUUACAAUUUUAAAUUUCAACAGUUUCAAUUGCAAGAAUGACAAUACACUCCAGUGUGGAUGAAGUCUCUUAAAAAUUUAUGAGCGAAGCACCAACGAGACAUAUGAGAUUUAAACACUAUCGGUACCGACGUUUGUGUUUAGAUAUGUGGGCAGGAAAUGAAUGCUACGCAUAAACAACCCGCGAAAGUUGUUUUACGGUGCUUUUCUUGUUUCCCUGAAACUGAAACCAAACGAGGAGCUUAAAGAAAGUGUGAAAUGUCCACGGAUUGUGCUUCUGCUUGGAAACGUCGAGGACGGAAAGUACAUCCGUUGCUCCCUUUUACGUAGCAACGCUCACGGCGUGCUUCGAUGGCAACGUUCUCUUCCAAAAGUUGGUAAGCUGAUGUGAACAGAAAGAUAAAAAUCCCUCACAAACAUUCCUUCGCACAGAGUACAGAAUGUAUUUUUAUUAUCCGCUUGAUAUAUAUGCCUGCGAACUGUACAUCCAUUAUCCAACGAUUGAUCAAAAUAUAAUCGAAUGCUUCGAGUGUAGGCGUUUGUAGCCGUUGCACAACUUUGUAUCUGACCACAUAUAAGCGAUAGUUGAUGAAGAUUAGAUGUAUGGUUUGGCCGUAUUGCGUGCAGCAAAGUUUAUCCCACAAGUUUGGAAUGAAUUUCACACCAAUGAACUGUUUGACGCCUAAGGGAAAAACGUGAUUCCUCU